GUCGAAGCCGGUCGCGCCGGCUGUAGCGUAAAGUUCUUAUGAACUUCCAAAGUGAUAACAACUAACGGAAAAAGAUAAGAAGUAACUAAAGUCUUUGUUUUCUGUGUUUAUAUUAUUACCACUAAUGCGGACAAAUUAUCAAAAAUGAAAAGUGUUUUGCUGUGUUUUCUGCUCCCACUUAUAAGUGCAGAAAUUCGUAAUGAAAAUUAUAAUUCUAUUCGAAUUAAAAAAUUUGAUGUGCCGCCGCGACGUUAUAAGCCUGACUGGGAUGAUUUAGAUAAACGACCUCUGCCCCAGUGGUAUGAUGAAGCCAAGAUAGGUAUUUUCCUUCACUGGGGUGUGUUUUCUGUUCCAAGUUUCGGUUCUGAAUGGUUUUGGAAUAAUUGGGAAGGCAAAAAUGAUAACUACACAAAGUUUAUGAAGAAGAAUUACCCACCAAAUUUCACCUACCAGGAGUUUGCUCCGAUGUUCACUGCUGAGUUCUUUGACCCGGAAGAAUGGGCUGCCCUGUUUGCUAAAGCUGGAGCCGGGUAUGUAGUCCUCACAAGCAAACACCAUGAGGGUUUCACUCUGUUCCCGUCCAAACGUUCAUACAGUUGGAAUGCAAUGGACGUCGGCCCACAUCGGGAUUUGGUCGGCGACUUAGCAGACAGCGUGCGAGAUGCAGGACUCAAGUUUGGCGUCUACCACUCCCUUUACGAGUGGUACAACCCCAUCUACCUAGAAGACAAAAAAACAAACUUCACUUCAAGAACUUAUGUCAUCAACAAACUCUGGCCGGACUUGAAACAGCUGAUCAACGAUUACCAACCGUCCGUUCUAUGGGUCGAUGGGGAUUGGGAGGCACACGACCGAUACUGGCAUUCGCAGGAAUUCCUAGCUUGGCUGUACAAUGACAGUCCGGUGGCCAACGAGAUUGUAACUAACGACAGAUGGGGGAUCGGAUGCUAUGGCAAACAUGGAGAUUUUUACAACUAUGAAGACAGAUAUAAUCCAGGUAAACUGCUGGCCCACAAGUGGGAGAACGCGUUCACAGUGGACUCGAAAUCGUGGGGUUACAGAAGGAACGUUAAACUAAGCCAGGUUCUCAGCUUCGACGACCUGUUGUAUCAAGUCGUGUCGUCCGUUAGCUGUGGAGGUAACGCCCUAAUCAACGUCGGCCCCACCAAAGAAGGCACAAUCGCACCAAUCUACCAAGAGCGGCUACUAUCCCUCGGCGCCUGGCUCGAUAUCAACGGCGAAGCCAUCUAUUCCUCCUCACCUUGGCUUCAUCAGAAGGACUCAGCCAACCGACAAGUCUGGUACACCUGCCGCAGAACAAAAUAUAAUACACACGCGCCCACAGCUAAACCUUUGAGCACUGAUAGUUUGACUGCUAUCUAUGCGAUAGCGCUGACAUGGCCACAAGAUAAUGUACUGGUGCUUAAUGAUAUAAUGACAACGCUGCAUAGUGGAAAUUAUAAGAUUCAGAUGCUGGGCAACCCGGAUGUCAAAAUACAGUGGAAGAUAAAAGAUGGCCGAGCUUUGAUUUCGUUGCCGGACAAAGCUGUAGUUAAGUCUACCAACGCAUGGGUACUGAAAUUUACAUUAAAAUAAAUACAUACAUAUUGUUUUAGGUA